AUGCAUAAUAAUAGCAUUUAUGUCUUAAUAUUACUUCCUCAGGUGGACAUAUGUCCCGAAGAGUUACACAACUCAAUCAAGUCGGAAGUGGCCAUACAUUCCGAUAUUAAACCUUUCGUCGAAGCGCUGACGCGGAAGCUGGCAGAGAAAAAAAUUACCCUACAACCAGGAAAGAACAGCUGGUGGCAAGCAUUACAAGAAAAACAGAAGAAAAAUGCUGAGUUUGUCGAGGCCCAGGCAAAUGAUAAGACUGUACCUCUCAAUUACUACGCAGUUUUUAAAACGGUACAAGCGAACAUUCCAAAGGACUCUAUAAUUGUAAGCGAGGGAGCCAACACUAUGGACAUUGGUCGCGGCAUACUGCUUAAUAAUGAACCUAGACAUCGUCUUGAUGCGGGCACUUUUGGUACUAUGGGUGUGGGUCCUGGAUUUGCGAUAGCCGCUGCAAUGUGGUGUCGCGACUACGCUCCAAACAAGCGAGUUGUUUGUGUGGAAGGAGAUUCUGCUUUUGGAUUUUCAGGAAUGGAAAUUGAAACAAUGUUUCGUUACAAAUUGCCUGUGAUAAUUAUAAUUGUCAACAACAAUGGCAUUUAUAGCGGAUUUGACAAGGACACCAUGCAAGAAAUUCAAUCUUAUGGUGAUGUUGCUCAAAGUACACCACCUACGGCACUGAGCACUGAAGUUCGUUAUGAGAAAAUGAUGGAAAUGUUUGGUGAGACAGGCCAUCUUUGCCGCACGGUAGAAGAGAUUGAAGCAGCAAUAAAGAAAGCUGUAAAAGUUGUUGAUAAACCAAGCAUUAUUAACAUUCUUAUAAAUCCUCAGUCCAACAGAAAACCACAAACUUUCAACUGGCUCACUGAGUCUAAACUGUGA